GGAUGGUCCGGCACUCGAGGAAGCCGGGGCAUCUACAGCGCCGACGCCUGCUUUCGUACCGACCACCAGUCCGGUCGAUAACGCCACGGCAACCCCCGGCUGCUUCCGACUCUCCUCUUCCACCCCCACUUACGCCUACACUUACUCGUCUCUCUUCUCUUCUCUUCUCUUCGCUUCUCUUCUCUUCUCUUCUCGUUUCGUCUCGUCUCGUCUCGUCUCCUCCUCGCGUGCUCUACUUCGUCUUCUACCACCGAUGCUGAUGCUGCUGGCGCGCACCUCUCGCCUUCUGGGUCCUAUCUGGAAGCAGCUCGAAAAGAGCGAGCGAGACGACACGAAGGCUUUCCUUUCGUUCCUCUUUGAGCUAUUCGACGCGAUCCAAAGACCAUGACGAAAGUCAGCCUGGAUGGAUAACCACGACUACUACCACUUAGCUACCCUACUCUCCUCCGAUCCAUCCAUACACCGUGUCGUUCGUUUCAACGUUCGAACCUUUCCCUUCGUCGAGGUUCGAGCGAUCAAACCAUUUGUCCGUCUAUACUUGCUCUCUUUCAAUCUUUCCUCUCUCUCUCUCUCUCGCGCGCUCUAUCUCCUUAGGACGGCCUGAUAACUUUUUCUUACCUUAUAUCGAUCGAAAGAGUCAAAGAAGGAAUUAAUUAACGACUUCUCGCGGCAUCGCUGGAAUUUCACUGCCUCCGGCGAGCAGACCGUUCGGAACGGCCAAGUAAUUCAGCUCACCGCUUGAAACGACCAGCAGUCGGUGGAACCGAAACGAAGCGGAAAAUUUGAUUAACUUCGGAUAGAGUUCUUCCUUUGGAUAGGACCGAGAAUCGAAGGGAUCGAAUUAACGACGAAAGACUUCUCCGUCGGAUUUUCUCGACGACUCUUUCUCUUUCUCUCUCUCUCUCUCUCUGAUCCUUUGAUUGACUUUAAAGAGAAAGCCUCGUCAAAGACUCGACAGACCGAAACCCCUGACAAGGCUCGACGUUUAACGAAGUAUAACACGACGGUAGCAGUAAUACGGGAAUCGCUCCUAUAUGACUCGUUGAAAGUGUUUUAUUUGAUUUUUAAGAAAACAAUACGUCUGUCUACGACGAACUCUUUAACGUCGGAUGGGAAUCGUGAACGCCGGAGGAUAAUAAAAAGAGUUCGGAGAGAGAGAGAGAAGGAGAAUCGAAAUAACAAUUUCGUCCGGUGCGAUGCCCGAAGCGCGAACGUGCGCGAGAACGUGGCUCGACGGAAAUUGCCUCGUUAUCGUCGACGUCUCCGUUAUUUACGACCCUUAACGAGCGAAAGCUUACGCUCGCUUCUCUUCUACUCGUCAGAGAGCCAACGCCGAGACACGGCUACCCUCUUUUCUUUCGUCCGCCUCCUCCUCCUCCUCCUUCUUCUUCUUCCUCUUCUCCUUUUUUCUCUUCGACCCUUUCCUAUUUUCUUUCCUUCCCCUUCCGCCAAAACUCCCUCCUCGACCGCUCCGCUCCUCGCGAGAUUACCGCGAGAUUAAUUAUGGUCAGUUUCGUUCUCGUCGCAUACCAUUCUCAACGACGAGAUCCUACUUCCCUUUUUCGAGGAGUACGACGAGGCAACUUUUUCCUUGGUCCAACCUCAACCCCGUUUCUAUCCUCGUCGAUCAAACCGUGAUUAUAAAUUGAAAAGGACCGAGGAAAAAAAAAGAAAAAAGAGGGUCGUUUAGUCCGCGUCGAGCACGCGAUACGAUCUCGCUUGUUUCAAGAGGUUUGUGGGAGAGAGAGAGAGAGAGAGAGAGACGGGGGGAGGGAGGGAGGAAGAAAGAAAAAGGACGAGUGGCGAAAGUAAACGAUCGAGAAAUCGGAUACGAGCAAUUUACGCUGUAAAGAAGCACCGUUAAUUAACGUGUAACUCGAGAGUAGUUAAUUUGUAAACAUCCUACCGCCAAGGACCGAAGAGGAAAAGAGAGAGAACGAUGAAACUAGGAAGGAAAAUCCGCUCGAUUUACGUUGCCGCGCGUCGUCCUGACGCUUUUAUGGCGUUCGAGCAUGAAAGUGCGUCGACGCUUCGAGGAAUCGGAAGUGGAUACUUUCGGGACGAAAAGCAAAAGCGUAGGAACGAGUCGUAAAAAUUCGCAGGACUCGAAAUACGAGUAUCUUUUUCUAAACAUCCUUUCGAGCAAUGGAGAUAACGCGAUAAUGAAUGGCCGUGUACGAAGGUACGUACGUACGUACGAAAUAAAAGGGAACAAAAAUGGAUGACGGAAAAGAAGGUGAAUAGAGGGAACGUUCGCGGAGCGGUCGGGAAAUAUAAAUCGAUGCCACGUCCGAGGGAAAGCAUGGCCUCGCAGACACGAUCGUCUUGACGACUCCGCUGCAAUAAUAUACGAGCGUCGUAAAUUUUACCAAGAGGUUACUUUACCGAAUAGUAACUUUCUCCUUGCUACCAGCUCCUAUCGGCGUUGCGUUCUUCGCCGUCCUUUCUACCUUUUUACCUCGAUUCUCGCAAAAUGUUCGCGAAGAGUCGUUGAAGAUCUCGGGGGAAAAAAAAGGGAGAGCAAAAUUAGGAAAAAAAUCGCUCGACGAUCGAUCGCUCCGACAAAAGGUUUCUUUGCGAUCUUCGAUCCUUCGGUCCGUAGAGAAAAUCGUAUACGCUGUAUGUAGGAGCGUGCAUGGCAUUACGACGGUUAAUCCCUUAAAUAUAAAUCGAGAGGAAAGGAGGAAACGCGUUCGUCGUUCGCUUCGAACGCGUCUACCGGGUAACUGCUUGGCCGUUCGAUAAGAUCGUUGCUAGGAUCGAGCUCGUUACAUAGACGAUAAGGCAGACAUCGUUACUCGGUUGGCAGUACUUCCGGAAAUAUAUCAACGACAGGUGGUACGACAAGCGGAAACGUAAACUGAUCGUGACAUACGACACGUGGCUUAAUCGCGUCGGACUAUGACGUUCCACGAACGAACGUGCGCGAUUCCGCCGUUUCUACCCGAUAGUCACCGAUUUAACUAAGAUUUCCGAUCUUAAUUGCGACCUUACGCUCGUUUUCGAACCGAAAAUAAAUGUGUCCUGGAUAAAUCGCGUGGAAACGUGGACGAAGCAUCGAACGAGUUUUACUCGAGUCGACGAUUCGAGCAGCGAGCGUAUCGUCCUCGCCUUAACGACCCGACGUUUCGAUUACGACGAUAAUAUCGAUAACGAGCGUCGAAGGAAAGAUACGAAUGACGUCGAAAAUAUUCUCGAUAGGUGGUAACCUCGACUCGACGUAGGUAAACAUUCGUUCGAGUUUGCAAACUUAUUUAUGCGUUCGAAUCGGUCGAUGAAACUCCAAAGUGUUGUUCUUAAAAUCGAUAAAAUAUUUCUCCGAAGCAAUUCCAAUGGCACGGGAGAAAACGUACCGUUAAGCUACACCGUUGGAUUUCCUUCUCUCUUUCGGAGUUUCUCGUAGACUCGAGCUGGGACGAGAAAGGAGAGAUAAAGAGUAGGUAAAGGAAAAAGAUAAAGGAAUGGGAAAAGAAAAGGAAAAGGAGAAAGAAAAAGAAAAAAAGUCGAUGAAAAAGGUGGCGGAAAAAGGGCGAAUGGCAGCCUCGGAGAUACAGUCCACGGUGUAGCAGGGAAGGGAAGAUUUUCGGACCGGAGAUUGGCCCUCGUAAAGUUCGCUUGGGAAGAACGCCAGACUUUGGCGAGAGCGAAGCACGUGGAACGACGAAUCGCAGCCUCGAGUCCGGUUUCGAAUUUAAGCCUUCCUUCCAAUCGUCCGCACGUUCCUUUUCCUUCUAUCGAAAAUAGUCUCGGUCUCGUUCUUAUUUCCACUUAAUUAUUUCCCCUUGUCUUCGUCCACGUAGUUGGGAAUCGCGAAACGGAGUUGAAACCGUGCGAACGGAAUCGCGUCCGUUUCGCUAUCGAAAUGAAAUGGGAUUCGGUUGCUAUAUAUAGGUGUGCUGUGUACACUUACGUACGUAUAUAUAUAUAUAUAUAUAUAUAUAUAUAUAAUCUACGAACAUACAUAGCGCGCGGCUUUCCCGCAAAUUACAAACGAUUAAUCCGCGCUAACGAAGCGGAACGUCGAGAGGUAAAUAAGUAGCUCUCGCGUAAGAUGUUUCUAAUUCGAAACUUGCUAAAACUUGCCGUUAAUGAUGCGUGCUUAAAUCAUACCUUCGCGUAGCAUCGAUUCGGAAACGUUCUACCUCAUAAUAUAUUUCGAAAUAUUCGGCACGUAGGAACGCGAGAGCUACGAUUCGAGGAAAGCGAAAGCUUUUUUCACCAAUCGCCGAAGCAAUUUUUCCCGUCGAGUCGACUACCUGCCAUGUCCAUUUAAAGUUUGAAAAGCGUAUACCGUAAAAGCCGAAGGCGGGGAGUCCGUCGGGUAAGGAUCCUAUCGGACAGGAUUAUACACUUUGUACACUUUUGCCACGAUGACUAAUCGACGCAACGUACCUAGGUAUACCGAGGAAAUAUAUCGAGGAUCCCUCGCAAAGGCCUAGUCAGUCUGUCGUGCGGUUCUACCACGAGAAAAUCCAUUUCGAACGCGUCGCUUUGCGGUCCUGGAAAUCCAAUUCCAUCCAUUCGACGUCUUUAUAUUCCUCUCUCUCUCUCCCUCCCACUCUCCCUCAUCCCUGUCGACACGAAUCGCGGUGCACCACCGUUCUCACGCUUGUUAAUCGUUAUCGUUGCGAUCGAUCGGACGAGAAUUAUCAAGAGUGAAAGUAUUUAAACGAAAUUUAUCCUUAAAAUAUCGUACUUUGGAAGGAAUCAUCGGUUUGAUUUUCUUUCUCUCGCGUGACGUAAACGAGUUUGAUGGAUCAAGGAAAAGAUGACGCGAGGCGAGAAAAGAGGACAAAGCGAAAAUGUGCUUAUGCACCGUGCUUGAAAAUACGAAACGCGAGGAUGAGGAGCUUUGUACGGGAAUUACCGUCGUCGUCGUCGGUCUUGCUGCGACUCCUCCUUAUACUCCUCUUGAUCGCGCACCACGGACGAGCCGAGACGGAAGAGAGUAACGACGAUCCUAUCGCUUCGUUGCACAAGACCUUGAAAUACUGGCGUUGGAUCUACGAGACUUACCGCGAGGAAAUAAAGUUGGGUUAUUGCUGGGCCGAUUAUCUUCUCGGAUCGAGCGACAUCGAGACUGAUUUCAUCUCGCGUAUCAUUGAGAACGAGUUAACGAACUUGAAGGAAACGUCGAUUCGAAGAAAAUGCGAAAACGAUUCGAGAUACUGCGAAGACGAUUUUUCUUAUGGAAAUCCUUCCCAGUACGGUGUUAACGCUAAAUCAUCGUUUCGUCGGAAUUACGUAGAAGAAGAAAGCUCGAAAAAGGAUUUCGAGGAAAUUUCUCGAGCGAAUAUCGAGGAAAGAUAUCCUUCCGAGCGAACGACGAUCGAUCAGAAAGAUAAUUCGGAAAAUGGUUUAAACCAUUGGCCGACGCUCCCGAAUUAUCCUUCUCAAUUUACUUGGAGAUCGAGCGAUAAACGUUCGCGUCGUCGAAGCGACCACGAAGAUGCUGCUGUUCCCGAAUCCGUCAAAGUGGCUUAUCAAGGAUAUUCCGUAAAACCGAAAGUUUUCUCCUCGUUAAGUAAAAAGUUAACCGUGGAUCGUGAAUCUUCCUCGAGCGAAACAUCAUCCUCGACGGAUACGGACGCAGCCGGGCGUUUGAGAUUUUUACCCUCUCGAAAAGUUUCCGAUCGAGAUAAAGGGAUGGCUCGUGAAUCCUCGUAUAUAAGCGAUCGCGAAGGAACAACGGCAACGGAGACGACUAGGUCGUUAUCCGUAGAGAAAUAUGGACGCAAACUGGACACUUUGAACGGUAUCGUCGACCAAGGUCAAGAUCGACGAUCUUUGAGAGAGAAUUCGAAAGCUCCAAGAGAUCGAUCGACGACGAUCGAGCAUCCAAUUUUUAUCGAGAUUUUCAGGACUUUAACCGUAUUAGUCCGCGUGGGUCAACUGAUAAUAGAGAUCGUAGACUCGAGCGAGGUUCUCAGAUGUACCAGAAACUAUAUCUUGAAGAAGACGAUCGAGUGGAUAGACGCAUAGAGAUGGACGCGAUCGAGAGAAAGAGAUCGUGUUUUUGCCACCUGUUGGCAGAGAAGACGUAAACUCGCCCGCAAACAAUGACGGGGAGGACCGAGGAGGAACAGGACGAGAAGCGGAAAGAGAAGUAAGAAGAAGGAGGUGGAGGAGGAGCAGGAGGAGCAGGAGGAGCAGGAGGACAAUUCCAAAGCUUCGACCGUCAAACAAAUCGUUGGGCUCUCCGUUGAUUAAACGUUUUAUUAGUUAAACGAACUAUUAGUCUCUCUCUCUCCCUCCCCUUAUCUUCGAUAAUCCGUAAAUUGUAUCAACGUCGAAACAGCAGAUCCUCUUUGCAAAGAUUUUUCUGUAAAGCCCUCGAACGUCCGAACACAACGUCCCUUCUUUUUUCCUUUUCAGCUCGAUCGGCUUGAAAGCACGAUUUGCAAUUCCGAUGGCGAGACACACGG